AAUAGUUUAGAAAUCGGCGGUGAACACCGCCACACCGUUUGCGUCUCGCAAACCCCGCAGUCUAUGGACACAUCUCGGCCACUGACGCGCUCCAGCGGCCACGUCGCUGAGACGCAGCCGCACAUGUGAGCAGAUGCACUUCCUCAUCCUCACUUCCAGUCGGCAGCUGCGACCUGCGAAACGAAACAAAACACGAAGACAUGCCGCCGUCGCUCAAGGAGUCGCUCGAGUCCGGACUGGACUUCAUUGAAUUUCUGGGAGACAGAAUAAUAAACAACAGCAAACAGGAACUUCGAGACAUCUACAACUCUGAGUUUAAGGACAGGCGAGGGAUCAAAGAUCCAACCUUCGCCAGUGUCGUAUAUGCUCUUGUGAGAUUCAAUAAAGCCCGGAUACAUAAAGGGAAAAUCUACCUAAAUGUCAAACCUCAGGUCCGGGUGUACUGUGACCAGUGGAGGAGGCCCCGGGCUCCCCACGCACAGGGUGCCAGCUCUGACCCUCAGGGAACAGCAGGGGUACCUCCACCUUCCUCAGCACCUCAGACACCUGUACUCACCCCCAAGAAGAAGCUGGUCAUGGAGAUCCUUCACAAGCUGAAGACAAACAGGAAAGAGCUCACGGCCGACAAAGGCGGCAUUGAGAUCACGUCUGACCCCGUGGGAACUGAUGGAAAGGUUCACUUCACCGUAGCUGCUCUGAGGGAGUUGUUUGUCGUCAGGUUUCACAUUGUAAACAAGGGCUCGAACAGCGUCCACUUCACCUUCUACACCGCUUUGCACCGCAUCCGCUGUUUCACUCUGGAGGAUGAGAGGAAGGUGACGCGGGCCUGUCCACUGUUCCUCUGUCCCGGAGAGAGUUACGAAGUUGUGGUUCGAUACACGUUGAUCCACUAUGGACAUUUUCCUGCCACCAUGUACUUUGAGUUCUGCCCGGAUUUGCCCGACUCGGUGCCCUUCUGCAUUGUCAGGGAGAUGGAGGCUGUGGCUCGGACUCCACUGGCUGUGGAGCUGGGGCCUGUGGCUCCUUAUAAAAAACUUCAAGUGUUCACAUCCAGGCCCGUGGACACGGUGAUCGUGGAUGGAGUACCACCAGAGAGUUCUGUUGUCCAGCGUCUGAAGACCGCUGUGAAGCUAGGUGACUACAGGUACCCCACUUACCUGAAGGAAAUAGCUAAACAGUGGGUAGAGGACUCUGAUCGCCUUUCUCCGACUGCCAGAGAAAAACUUGCCGCUGUAAAGGGUCUUCUCAGCUGCUCUCUGAAGAUGAAGAACUACUCUCAUCGGUUUCACCUCCUGCUGCACCUGGAGGAGAUCCAGAUGGAGGUGGACAUCAGGAAGUAUGACCUCCACAAUCAAACCAUGAAUCAAGACCCAAGCAACAGAAAACUCCUCACGCUCAGUGUUCCUGGCGUCGCUGAGAAUCGGCCAUCUGUACUGCGAGGAGAUUGCCUGAGGGUGUCCAAAUCCGAGGACACGGACCAGCCAAUCACUGUGUACACCGGAUAUGUUCACAGAGUGGAGCUGGACAGUGUAAAGCUGGGCUUCUCCAAGAGGUUGCUGCAAAUGUUUCUGAGUAACAUGAAGUUUGAGGUGGAGUUCACUCUGAACCGCUUCCCUUUGAGGCUGCAGCACCGUGCAGUCGACCUGGCAGUAACCCACCAGCUCGGAGAGGUGCUGUUUCCGUCUGGUGCAGCAGCAGCAAGUCUUCCCAUGCCUAAGCUCAGGAUGUUCAACCAGCAGCUGGAAAGCAACCCGGAGCAACACGCUGCAGUCCAGCGAAUCGUGGCUGGGUCAUCAAAGCCAGCUCCUCACCUUGUGUUCGGGCCUCCAGGAACCGGAAAGACAAUCACUCUGGUUGAAGCCAUGAAUCAGGUGAGCAGGGCGGAUCCCACGGCCCACAUCCUCGCCUGUGCACCUUCGAACAGCGCCGGCGACCUGAUCUGCGAGAGACUGAUGACACACAUGGACGCACACAAGGUGUACCGCGUGUACGCCACCAGCCGAGAUCCACGAAGCGUCCCCAAGAACCUCCUGAAACACAGUAACUGGGACGAGCAACAAGAUGGCUUUGUGUUUCCAGACAAGAAAACUCUAAUGAGUUACACAGUCGUGGUUACAACUCUGGUCAGUGCUGGCAGGCUCGUGUCUGGAGGGAUCCCAGUCGGACAUUUCUCUCAUGUGUUUGUGGAUGAAGCGGGUCAGGCUGUGGAGCCCGAGUGUGUCAUUGCCAUUGCAGGUCUACUCAGUGCUGGAAAAGGUCAGCUGGUGCUGGCAGGAGAUCCAAAGCAGCUCGGACCAAUCCUUCGAUCUCCUCUUGCGUCACAGUAUGGGCUCGGACUUUCUCUGCUGGAGAGGCUGAUGAACCACAACGCUUUGUAUCAGAAAAGUUCAGACUCCGGACACUUCGACACGCGCUUCGUCACCAAGCUGCUGCGAAACUACAGGUCCCAUCCUGCCAUCCUGAAGAUCCCCAAUGAGCUGUUUUAUGAGAAAGAGCUGCAGGUGUUCGCCGAUCAGUGGGAGCGCGAGGCCUACUGUAAAUGGGAAUACCUUCCCAAAAAGGGUUUCCCAGUGAUCUUCCACGGAGUGAUGGGAAAGGAUGAGCGAGAGGCCAACAGUCCGUCGUUCUUCAAUGUGUCUGAGAUCGAAGUCCUGGUCGACUACCUCACCAAACUGGUGGAAACGCAACAGAAGAAGGGCCUCCCGAAGCUCUCUGCAAAGGACAUCGGCAUCAUCGCCCCCUACAGGAAGCAAGUUGAAAAGAUCCAAAAGGCCCUGCGGUCCGUUCCAGCGCUGAGAAAAUGGGAGGAUCUCAAAGAGCUGAAGGUUGGUUCUGUGGAAGAGUUUCAGGGGCAGGAGAGGAGGAUCAUCAUGGUGUCUGCGGUCCGAAGCAGCAUCAACUACAUCAAGAUGGACAAAGACUUCAACAUUGGGUUUCUGUCAAACGAAAAGAGGUUCAAUGUGGCUAUAACAAGAGCCAGAUCCCUGCUCAUAGUCGUGGGAAACCCCGUGAUCCUCAACAAGGACCCCACCUGGAAGAAAUUCAUCAGCUACUGCGUGGAGGAGAGGGGCUACACUGGCUUCGACUUCAAAGACGCAGAGGGAGAAGAUGACAUCGUGUCAAGACUGGCAACCCUGAAAAUCUGCGUUGAUUCUGAAAGUCCCAAAGCUGAGGAGGAGAGUGCCGUCCAGCAGCAUGUGGAUCCCGGAUGGAGGAACGAGCAUUAACAAUGCACCAGAUACCAGCAAUCACCGAGAUGGCCAUGAAAUCAGCAUUUUUCACGUUUCCUCUCUUUAUACCUCAACAUCCAAGAGCAAAUUGUCUUUGAGCUUUUUUAUGAGCAGUUUGCACAUUUUUGAUGCAAUAAAGACACCUCUAUUUCUGAUCGUUGCCUUGCGUCAGUGGGUGAGACGUCUUGAAGCAAACAUCCACAGGUGUCUGUUUAUCCUUCAGCUGGAUUUGAAACUUCAUUUAACUAUAACCUGUGCCAGCUUUUUUUUAAAGGUAUCAAAAAAAAAAUCAAAUAUAUGAAUCCAUAAGUCUGUUGACAAACAUUAAAUUUGUUAAAUUGU